GGUGUUUAGCGCCUAAUGCGUAAGAUAGGCUUCGUUGGCGGCAUUUUGCUGUGAAUCAAAGUUUAUGAGUUCCCGAAUGAAGUGGGAUCAGACAUCUGAUGGGAGGGUAUAAUAGCAAGCUAACAGUAUCAAAAGAUGAUCCAAAUCAUGCGAACAGGCUAAAUAUUCUCGAACCUAGUGAGAAUUUUAAAGCGACGAACAUUAGUGGAAUGGAUGAAAAACCUAUUGGUACUCGUUCCUGCAUGAAAAUGGACGCCCAAAAUGCUGGGGAUACUGUGAUACCAAGCCGAGGGGAAAUUAUGAUAGUACUGUACGACUUUUCCGAAUCAAUGAGCUCUCAGAUCAGUAUAAAGCGAGGCGAAUUAGUACGUCUCUUAAGCUAUAGUCCCGCUGGAGAUUGGUCUGAGGUAGAAGCUUCUCUUGUCCUACCACCACUUCACAAAGCUGGACCAGGUAGCUCUACUUCCGGAUCAGAAAGUCAUCCAUCUCAAUGCAAAGGUGGAGGGAAUAUGAAGCAUAACCAAGAGUCUGUUGGCGAAACUGGAGGCGGUAUGAAUGUUUCCGGCAUGUAUUUGUUUAACAAUUACAGACGUGGAUGGGUGCCGACGAGCUACCUAGCUACUGCAAAUGUCUUUCGAAAUUCUUUCCCUCAGAAACAAGCCUAUCCUUCUCAGCAGUUAAUUAGUUGUGACAAUUCAGAAAAAAUCAAUUGUUCAGUUAAUUCUUCCAACCUAAUCAAUCAACAAGUAGUUCCUACAAACGAUCAUAUGCAAUCAAGAGUUUUAAAUAUGCCAAGUAAAGGUCCACUUCACUCCGUUAUGGUGGAUUCCUCACCCUUAAGUCUUUUGGAACCAAGCCUUCUCCCUUACCCAUGGUAUCACGGUGCCGUUUCAAGGCAAGCUGGAGAACAUCUUCUUCGAAGUGGUAUUACGGGUUCUUUUCUAGUCAGAGCAUCAGAGUCUGCACCUGGCCAACUCUCUGUUACUGUACGUCACUUAGGAAGAGUUUAUCACUAUCGGAUUAGCCAAGAUAGCCGGGGACUGUUUUAUAUAACAGAAGCUCAUCGAUUUCCCACUGUCGUUCAGCUGAUUGAGCAUCAUUCUCGUUCUGCUGAUGGAUUGGUCUGCCCACUUCUUUAUGCAGUACCAAAACCACAAUUUUUAAAUCAACCUAUGCAACAAUCGUGUUAUUCAUCUGUCCCUCAAGCAUUACCCAACUCACGUAUUUCUGGUCAAAAUCAAUUUGAAGGUAAUCCUGUUACUCUACAGUCAAAUACUGAAAUGCCCAAUUUUCCUAUACAUCAUAUGAAUGCCGUACAACAUGCACCUAGAUCAUUUCAUCCAGGUCAUGUGAAUAAUUCAGAAAGAUUAAGUGCUUGUAGUGAUUCUCUUGGAAGUAUGGAAUUUGAUGGAUGGGAAAUUGACCGAUCAGAAAUUAUUAUGCGUCAAAAGUUGGGCUGUGGUCAAUACGGUGAUGUAUAUGAAGCUGUUUGGAAACGUUUCAAUUCUGUGGUUGCAGUGAAAACAUUAAAACAAGAUGUUAACUUGAAUGUGAAUGAUUUUCUCAAAGAAGCUGCUAUUAUGAAAAAAUUACGCAAUAAGAAUUUAGUUCAGUUGUUGGGUGUGUGUACACGAGAGCCACCACUCUAUUUAAUCACUGAAUAUAUGCCAAAUGGGAAUUUAUUAAACUAUCUGCGUACACGUAGUCCAGGUGAACUAACUCCACUUACCUUAUUGUAUAUGGCUGUUCAAAUCGCCUCUGGUAUGGCGUAUUUGGAAGCAAAUAAUUUCAUUCACAGGGAUUUGGCUGCAAGAAAUUGUCUAGUUGGUGAUCGACAUUUGAUUAAGGUUGCCGAUUUUGGUUUGGCUCGAUAUAUGCAACGACAAGAUACCUAUACUGCUCGUAACGGUGCCAAAUUCCCAAUCAAGUGGACUGCUCCUGAAGGUCUUUCCUAUUAUGUGUUCUCUUCAAAGUCUGAUGUAUGGGCUUUCGGUGUGGUUCUAUGGGAACUUGCUACAUAUGGUCUUUCACCCUAUCCAGGAGUUGAACUGCAUGACGUUUAUCAUCUCUUGGAAAAAGGUUACAGAAUGGAGCGCCCACACGGUUGUCCAGAAGCUGUUUAUUCCAUUAUGCUAAGAUGUUGGGCUUGGGAUCCUAAUUUACGACCAUCAUUUAAUGAAAUACAUGCUGAGCUUGAACAAAUGUAUGCUACUAUGAAUAUUGAAGCUGAAGUUGCUUUAGAGUUAGCCAAACAACCAGGUAGUUUUAUAUCACAGCAACCUGAUAUUUCACACAGAUUCACAGAAAUUCCAGCACAAGACUUUCAAGGGAAUUCAAUGAGUCAACUUGAUUUAGCUUUCAAAGAGUCAUCAUUCUCAAAUAAUAGCAUACCUUCAGAUGGUAUGAAUUCUGAACAAAUGACCACUAGACACAUAAACUCUAUACCUUCUAGAUCAAAUAUGGAUUUUGGUUGUUGUAAUUUUGAACAAAACCAACCAAAUAAUGUCAUAUCAUCAUAUGUUACAAUGAAUUCAACUGGUCAUCCUCUGCAUCAUAUUGAAAGUGUUACCUCAUCUAGUAAUUGUUUAAUGCCAGAGAAAAUAAUAUUCAUCGAUCAAAAUCGUAUGCCUAAAGACAAAGUUGAAGUUGUAUCGUCUGCCUCAUCGUCUGAGGAAGGAGGAGGAGGUGAAACCGAUCACUUUGGUCAUAUUACUAAUGCAUUAGCUAUGGUUUCACUUGAUACUACUGAAGGGAAUAAGAAGCGAUUGUUAACUACAGAUGUUCAUUCAGUUCAUCAUGAAACUGUUUCAGAUUUGAAUUCAAGUCAUAUUCUGUUGCCAACUAGUAAUCUUGGUCAGAUCAGAUUUUUACCGAACUCCACAGCACCAUCAUGCUCCUCACAAAUGAUGACACCUAUACAUAUUGAGUCUGGACAGCAUAUAUUCUCUAACUCUGUACAGUGUCAGACACAAUUUUCAAAUGGUUUGAUACAAACGCAAUAUUCACCAGCUUCAUCACCUGGUGGUAAUGGAUCUUUACCUUCCGGUGAGAAGUUGUGUUAUUUUAUUCCGGUUAGUAGUAGUAAUAAUACUUCAUCGUAUCAACCUAAUUCACAUACUACCUCUACUAAUAUUCUUCAAAGUUGUUCUACUGCUAAUCUCCCUCACUUUUGUAAUAGUACUACAGUUGGAUUUGCCUCCAGAAUUCCUCAUGCACGUGUAAUAAACUCAACAAAGUUAAUGAAUGAUAGAUCAGUGAUUCGAAAUACUAAUCGUUCUGUUCAUCAUAAUUCUGUUUCCGGUUGUAAUACUCAGAAUGGUGUUCAUCAAAAUGGUACAACACGUAGUCAAGAUACUGAUACACCGGAUGAAAGUGGUGUUGGUGAGUCGAUUAUAUCAAAUGAAUCACCUGCUGAGAGUAGAGCAUGCGGUAAUGGAAUGAUUAACAACAGUGCUGUAUCGAAUCCUAUGACAUGCAAUGCACCUAGUCAACUCGACUGGCGACUGAGUGGACCAUUUCAUAUUUCAGUGCCAACCGAUCAUUCACAUUUUCAUGGAUCAGUAGUUACACCUAAUUCAAAUGGUAUCCAACGCCAUUCACAUCCACACCUAUUUCAAACGUCUCAAGUUAAUUCAACUCAAUUUGAUGUAAAUCCUAUGGAUCAAUUUUCUACAAUACCACCUCAAGAUCGAAUUGGAAGUUAUUUAAAAAGUUUAGGUGAAUUAGACUUGAAUCGUCGCAUAGAUACAAUUCAUUCUUAUCAAUUACAACAAAAUCAAAAUUAUCCAUAUUCACCUAAUUUCUUACAUUAUCCACCACCGCCGCCACCUCCACCGGCAGCAGUAGUCACACCCACUGAUGAUGUAUCUCAAUUAAGUCUGCAUGUAAAUGAGACCGGUGAACUUUCCAAGUCAAAUAUUUCUCAACCUGUACUUGUUGGACGACUUAAUGAACGAUAUUUUCAUUCAGAUAGGAUAAUUCAAAAUCAAACCUUAUCAGAAACUAAUAGUUGUCUGCCUAGUAGCCAGAAUUCAUCGAAUCAAUCAAAGAUUUCUUGUGAACAGACUAAGUUUUUUGAUGAUUCCUCGCAUACUACCACCAAUAAUAAUAAUAAUAAUAAUAAUAAUAAUAAUAAUAAAGAAAUACCUCUUAGUACCUCAUAUUCAAAAGUUGCUCAAGUACGUCGAAAAAAUAAACCAGAUAUAGAACAUGGUGAUACACAUUUCGACUGUUCAGCAGGUGGACGUCGUCAUAUACCUGAUGAUCGAUCAGAAGAAGAAUCAAAUACAGAAGAAGUACCAAGAUCAAUAGAAGAUGAAACAUUAUCAAUUGCAUCCGAUUCUCCAAACAAUUCUCAAGAUAACUCAUCAUCGAUUAAACCUGAUGCAGAUGUUUCUGGAGGUGGUGGUGAUGAUGUUUACCAAGCACCAGAUUCUUAUUAUCUACCUAGUCCUAAUAAUCAUAAUUCACAAAAUAUACAUUCUAAUUCUGUAUCAAAUGAUACAUCACUAACACAUCUUCUUGAACGAGUUGUAGAGUUAAUCAAUUGGACUAAAGAUCUAUGUGACUCUGAAUCAGUUGGAGAUGAGAUAAUACAAGAGAAUACAGUUGAGUUGCAUGAUUGCCUAGACUCAUUCAGGGCUGAAUUAGAAGCUCAUAUUGUCCAAAAUAUCGAUGUCAAUCCAAGCCUUGCCAAAGUUGUUUUAAUUUUAUGUGAUAAUUUGGGUAAGCAUAGUGCUGAUGUAUCUCUGCAUUCAACAGUUUCAGAAAAUAAUAUAAUUCCCUUAGGUGUACAACUUAAUUCUUGUCAUUUAUGUUUAAAAGAGAUCCAUGAUCAUAUACUUCAUUUGUCAGACAAGUUAAAUCAUGCCAAUACAAUAUCUACAAGUUCACCAACAUCUGUUGCCAGUGACAUUCAUGUCGAGGAUCGAUCUUUUAGCAAUACUCAUGUAUUUGGCAAAGUUUAAUCGGGUAUUAUACUUAUUGAUAUCAAAAACGGUGAUAUUGUUUUACGCUGUUCACUCUGUUAUCUUUUGAUGUGUCUUCGACAAAGGCAGAGAGAGAGAGAGAGAGAACUUUUUCCACAGUCGUAGGUGCAAUGUGUACUAAUAGCCUUCAUGAUUCUCAUCAUUUUUGUUUAUUUGAGUUUUCUUCGGAAAAGAGCCAACGGACAUUGAUGAAAUGUGCUAAUGACGGAGACUAACCCAUGAUUCACAUGCGUAUACUCUUCUAUUUGUCUUUGAAGUGAGCCAAUUCACUCUUGUGUGUUUUCAUUUUGCUCCUUAUCCCUUUUUGAAAUUACCUAUGUCUUUCGAUGAUAUUAUCUUCCUUUUUUUUGUUUUGUCUCUCAUCGUUGAUAACAGCUGUGAAGUUAAGUUAUGUAGUCCAACGCAUGUGUGUAACAUGAUGCGAUGAAUUAGAUGGAAACUAUUUUAUAAUUUUGACUGAUUCUUAUUCUUACCCACUGCGUUGUAUUGUACAAUAAAUACUACUCAUAAAGACACUCUGUCUCCCUUCCUUCCUCCUCGAACGUGUAUACAUAUUUAGUAUUGUAUCUGUAUAACAAUUUGUUUUGCAUGUCGAUAUAUAUAUAUAUAUAUAUAUAUAUAUAUAUAUAUAUAUAUAUAUAUAUAUAUAUAUUGUUGUACUUGAUUAGUAGUAUAUCGGCCACUUUACGAGUUACAAUACCUUCUUGAAAUGUAUUUUCUUCUCUUCAACAUUAUAGACCACUGGUAUGUAUGUUAUUAUUGUGCUAAUCCGUAAACAACAAUGCUAUGAAUGCAUGCACACAAUAUUUUACGGCAUUGUUUGUUUUAUUUUCAUCAUUUCAAUGUUUAUAUCUUCUUUGCUUCAGUUAUCUUCUUCAUCUUUGCCAGUUUAGGCAAGACGUUGUCUCAUUUCUUGCUUAUACAUUCUGUCCUUGUAUACACGCAUAAAUUGACUGGUUUCUUUGAUGAUGAUGAUGCCCGAUCUUCAGUGUUUUAUUAGCCUUCAGUUCGCUUGACUGUUUGUUUGUUUGUUAUCUUAUGUAUUGUUAUUGAUCCGUGUGUGUGUGUGUUCCCAUCUCGUGAAUAAAAGGAAAAAAUGAAUAUCAUACACUGUUACCAGUCACAGAAAUAAAAUAUAUGUGGAAAACCUUUUAUCUUUUCCCAGUGUAUCAUAUAUACAUUUUCAUAUAUAUACAUACAUAUACUUCAGCAGCCAAAAAGUCAUUUUUAAAUUUUCUUUGAUUGGUUUUUAGCCAUGGUUGUUGUGUUUGCACUCCCUCCAUAAUGAUGAUGUCGACAAUGUAGAUACGAGUAAGAGAUGAUUUUUGCCACUUUUCUGUCUUCUCAUCUAAUCACGAAAAUUGAUGUUCAUCAGACUUGCCUCAAUGACUGCUUAAGAAAAGUGAUUCGUUUUAACCUUUUCAUCCUAUAAGCAUAUUAUUUAUUUACACCUUUUAUGCUUAUACUCUAUUUUGUGUAGUUGAAUCAAUUUUCCAAUGUGCAAAUUUAUUUUAUUUAGUUUCGUUUAUAUAUAUAUAUA